AUGUCUGACAACAUGCUGUACGCGCACCCCCUCUUCCGGGAAGUGGAUAUUGGUUCUAUGACCGUAGACGAGCGCGUUUCUCUCUCGUACAAACGCGCCCGCCUCAUACUAGAAACGUAUCAGCUCUCUCCUGCGGACGUGCUGAACUACAGUCCCAAGUUCUGGCGUUUACAUCUCGACCCCAUCAUCCCAACGGAUCUAGCAUGCUUUACUAUCAUCGCUGCUCACCUCAAUCUAACGGUCGGCACCCUGGCCCGAUACCUUGACCGACGACCCGAUUUGGAGCCUCUGGUGGACUCCAUGAUGCGCCUCGACACGGUUGGGAUUUACCUACUUAGCGAGCGUGGUCACGGCUUGGACUCGUUCAACAACGAGACUACGGCGACCAGGAUGCCGGACGGAGGUUACAUUCUCAACACCCCUCGAGAGGAAGCCACAAAGUUCAUGCCGGCUAGCACCCCUCUAUUUGGUGUCCGGAAAGUCGCUCUGGUCAUGGCACGCCUUGUUGUCAAUAAGGAGGACCGCGGUCAUCGCUGGUUCAUGGUGCCGAUCUGCGAUGAGAAGCGAUUGUUCCCUGGAAUAGUCUCCAAACGCCUUCCGACUCGCAGCGGGACCUCUCCGCUCGAUUUCUCCCUGACGUCGUUCCACAACGUGCGUCUACCGGAGAGCGCUCUGCUUAGCGCGUCGCUCGAAGCGCCUUCCUCGCCUCGAGAUGCCUGGUGGGGUGAAGUCGGACGCAUCCCGCUGGGAAGCAUGGCGAUUGCGGGACCCGUCUUGCAGAGCAUCAAACACGUCGCAUAUAUCGGCGGGCAAUACUCCCUACAUCGCACUAUUGUCGGGCGUGGACCGGUGCCUACCCCCAUCAUCUCCUUCCCCACACAGCAAUGGCCCAUCAUGAGCGCUGUCGCGGUGGCAAACGUUCUUGAAGCAUGGUACAAGGACAUGAUUGACAUUGUCGUAGAUGACAACAUGGACCCUCGUGUUCGUCAUGGCGUCUCCAUCGUAGUGAAGACUACAGUCUACCGACACUUCCAAAAGUGCGCGGAGACGAUCUCGGAACGCUGCGGCGCUCAAGGAACAUUUGAAAACAACUUCAUUGCACGCGCUAUUUGUGACUGCAAAGGCGGUGUCAUCGCCGAAGGCGACAUUCUAACUCUCUGCAUUCGCCUCUUCUGUGAGAUGCUCGUCAAACGAUACACCGUCCCCCUUCCCGCUGUCAAGGAUUCCAUGCUCGCUCAUCAUGCGCAAUCAGUCCUUGACGAAGCCACAACGCUUGCGCGGAAUCUAUCCGGCGGACAUCAUAGUCAAGAGUUCCAAUCACUCAUCCUUCCGCAAGCCGAGAGUUCAAUCGCCGCCUUCGGACAUGCCAUGGCGUACCGCUCAGCGCGAGAUGCCGGCGUUCCACAGUAUAUGCUCGACAUAUACGCUCUCGGUGUAGUGGACCUCGAUGCGUCAUGGUAUCUUCAGCACGCCAAUAUCGGGAAGACCGAAUUGUUGACAAGGCGAGCGGACGCGAUGAGAACCGCGUUGCCCUUUCUUCACUCCGACCUGCAGAAGUUGGGAGUCCACAAUCACGUCAAUGCGCCGAUCGUCAGCGAAGCGCAGUUGAAGGGUAGUCUCGACAGGCUUCCUACCUAUAGUGGUCCCAAGGUGGAUGGCAACGUCAACGUCGAUUCAUCUCGGGUUCGGAUUUUAGCGAGGUUGUAA